AUGUGCACUUUUGCAGCUCAACAAUUGGAGAAAGCGGAAGCCGUUAUAAUUGAUGCAAUAAGACUAGGAGUAUUACCAGAUGUGGUUACUUACAAUACACUGGUUUCUACCUAUUGUCGUCUUGUUGGCAUUGAUGCGGCCUAUUCAAUUCUUUAUAGAAUGAGAGAAGCUGGGAUAAACCCAGAUGUUAUUACAUAUAAUUCCUUGAUAGCUGGUGCUGCCAAGCAUUGCUCAUUAUCGAGAUCUCUGGAUCUGUUUGAUGAAAUGCUUCAAAUGGGCAUUCCUCCUGAUGUCUGGAGUUACAAUACUUUAAUGCAUUGCUUUUUUAAAGUAGGAAAGCCAGAUGAGGCAAACAGGGUUUUCCGGGAUAUUAUUUUGAGCAAUCUUUCUCCCUGUGCGGCUACAUAUAACAUUGUGAUUAAUGGACUUUGUAAAAAUGGGUAUACCGGUAAUGCCUUCAUGUUAUUCAGGAAUUUGCAACAUCAUGGAUUUAUUCCUCAAUUAGUGACAUACAAUAUUCUUAUUAAUGGGCUUUGCAAGUCGGGCAGGUUGGGGGCAGCAAGAAGGAUUCUGAAAGAGCUUGGGGAAUCAGGUAAUGUGCCAAAUGCCAUUUCUUAUACUACGGUGAUGAAAUGCUGCUUUAGAUCUAGGAAGUUUGAACAAGGGCUUGAGAUCUUCGCUGAGAUGAAGAGCAAAGGAUAUACAUUUGAUGCCUUCACAUACUGUACAGCUAUUGGUGCUUUAGUUAAAAUUGGUAGAAUAAAGGAGGCAAAUGAAUGCAUAGAGCAGAUGGUUAAGAAUGGCAUAGAGCUUGAUAUAGUGUCUUAUAACACACUGAUUAAUUUGUAUUGUAAGGAAGGUAAGUUUGAAGAUGCAUAUAUGUUGCUGGAUGAGAUAGAAAAAGGUGGGUUAGAAUGUGACAAAUAUACCCACACAAUUCUAAUUGAUGGAUUGUGCAAAGCGGGUAAUAUUGAUGGGGCUUUGCAACAUUUGAAGUGUAUGGAUAGAUUGGAUUCAAACUUGGUUGCUUAUAAUUGCUUUAUUGAUGGGCUGUGUAAAUCUGGUCAUAUUGAUUACGCAAUGAGGGUUUUUGAAUCAAUGGAGGUGAAGGAUUCUUUUACCUACACCUCCUUGGUGCACAAUCUUUGCAAGGUAAGAAGAUUCCACUCUGCAUCUAAGCUCCUUCUAUCUUGUAUAAGAGGUGGCAUGAAAAUACUUAAGUCGACCCAACGGGCUGUUCUUCGUGGUCUUCGUUCUUCAGGAUUUUCAAGACAAGCAAAGAGACUCAAGUCGAAAAUUCGAUUGGCUAAGAUUUUGCAUUGUUGA